UAUCCCCCCCCCACUCCUCAUCCUCCCCCAACCCCCCCCCCCCAAUCUAUUGAGACCAUUCAUGACAUUGAGAUAUGGGAGACUGUUGUCUGAAGAUGUGUCUUGUGCUGCUGCUGGGGCUGCAGAUCCUGGUGGCUUUAGUGUGGGGCAACACGACCACGGACCUGUGCGAGAAGAUGUGCUCCUGCACCGAGGUGGAAGGCGUGCUGCACAUCAACUGCGAGGAGAAAGGCAUCUCCGACCUGCAGCACUACAGCGCGCCCACCUCCCGCUUCUACCAGCUCUUCCUGCACCACAACUCGCUGUCCAAACUCUUCCCCAACGAAUUCGCCAACUUCUACAACGCGGUCACCCUGCACCUGGAGAACAACGGCUUGCACGACAUCAUCCCGGGGGCUUUCCUGGGGCUGCAGCUGCUCAAGCGGCUGCACAUCAACAACAACAAGAUCAAGGGCUUCCGCAGGCACACCUUCCUGGGGCUGGACGACAUGGAGUACCUGCAGGCGGACUUCAACUUGCUGCGGGACAUCGACCCGGGCGCCUUCCGCGACCUCAACGAGCUGGAGGUGCUGAUCCUCAACGACAACCUGCUGAGCUCCCUGCCGCCGGACCUCUUCCAGAACGUGCCCAUCACCCACCUGGAUCUGCGGGGCAACCGGCUCAAGACGCUGCCUUACGACGGCAUCCUGGAGUUGAUCCCCGGGGUGGCGGAAAUUCUCCUGGAUGACAACCCCUGGGACUGCACUUGUGAUCUGCUGCCCCUGAAAGAAUGGCUAGAACACAUCUCUUAUUCAGCCCUGAUCGGAAAAGUAGUUUGUGAGGCACCUUUGCGAUUACAAGGAAAUUACCUGAAUGAAACAUCCGAAUAUGAUUUAUGUCCUUGGAAGGUUGAUAACGAUUUAAGUCUUGUUGCUCCACCUGCUCAAGGAGCUACUGGACUGCCUGCAACCCCCAUAUUUCAGCAUCCGAGAUCACCAACAUCAGCAUCCAUGCACAAAGGACAGUUGAAGCCAAGUGGAAACUGGCAGCAAAAGACAAGACCUUCAGCUAACCUUGUACCGAAUGGCAGCAAUAGCCCUCCUUUGUUAGCUGGAUGCCCCACAGCCUGUAGCUGUUCUUUCAAUAACCCUGAGUCAGGUCUUGAGGUUAACUGCAGGGGCAGCAAGCUUGAAAGUAUGGCUGACCUCCAGCCCAAACCAAUAAAAGCAGAGGAACUGUUCCUAAGACAGAAUAACAUUGAAAUCAUUAGGAGAAGUCAUUUCGUGGAUUACAGCAGUUUGACUUUGUUGGAUUUGGGAAAUAAUGCCAUAAAGUUAAUAGAAAACAACACUUUCCUUAAUCUCACUGAUUUGCGAUGGCUGUAUCUGGAUAACAACAACUUGGAAACUCUCAACCCUGAUAUGUUUGCUGGUCUGCAAAAUACAGAGUACCUGAAUUUGGAGUUCAAUUUAAUUCAGUUAAUCCUACCAGGCACAUUUAAUUCAAUGCCAAAUCUGAGAGAAUUGUUUUUACAUAACAAUCUGUUGAAAUCUUUGCCUGUCGAUGUGUUUUCUUCUGUCUCCCUCUCCAAGCUAAGUUUGCACACUAAUUAUUUUAUGUAUCUCCCAGUUACCGGUGUUUUGGAUCAGCUAACUUCAGUUGUGCAAAUCGACCUUCAUGGAAAUCCUUGGGAUUGUUCAUGUAACAUCAUAGCAUUCAAGCAGUGGGUCGAGAGAAUGGGCACUGACGUUGUUGUGAGUGAAUUAAAAUGUGCAUCUCCUGACCAAUUUUGGGACAGAGAUAUAAAGUCGAUAAGUAAUGAGCUGAUGUGCCCAGAGUUGUAUGCAAAAAUCCAUCUGACAUUUUCCUCGUCAAGUAACAUUACCAUAUCAACAGAGACAGGGACUCACGUGAAUCCUUAUUUGGAGACUAGCAGAGUUUCAAUUUCAGUGCUGGUACCUGGCCUUUUACUUGUCUUUGUCACGUCUGCCUUUACAGUUGUUGGCAUGCUGGUGUUUAUCUUGAGAAAUCGUAAGAGAUCGAGAAAACGGGAAAACAACUCUUCUGCUUCAGAAAUUAACUCCUUGCAAACAGUGUGUGACUCUUACUGGCACAAUGGGCCUUACCACGCAGAGGGACCUCACAGAGUAUAUGAUUGUGUUACACACUCCCUUUCAGACUAGGCUUCACAAAAUCAAAUGCUGAAAAAUAUAGUGUGUGAUUUUAAACAGCAUAUUGUGUGGAGAUGAGGUCAUUACAUUGACAGUUAAGCUCCUGAUGUAAAUAAUGAUGCUGUAGGCU